AUGACAACAUUAAUGACUGAUAAUCAAUCAAAUACACUUCUCGAUCAUCAAUGGAUUAACAGUGAACAAGCAGCAGAAUAUUUGAAAGUAAUAAAAGAUCGGUCAGAUAAUCAGUUGAGAGAUUUUUCAUUAUUAUUCAGUCCAGCACUUUCCGCGACAUUAGUAGUAAAACAAUAUCGUUAUAAAAUUCUUCUUAUUGGUAAAACAGGUUGUGGAAAAACUAGUUUAAUACGUGCUUUAAUGGGUAAAGAAUUCUCAACAGUGAAUGCACAACCAACACUUGGUAUUCAAACAACGAAUGUCUAUUGGCCUGUACGAGUAAAUCAACCAAAUAAACCAUUAUUUAUGUUUCGUCUUGAUUUCUGGGAUGUUGGAUAUACCAGUUCGACUCGUUAUGAUUAUAUCGAUAGUGAUUCAAUGGAUUCAGUCGAUAUGAUUAUUUUUGUUAUUUCAGCUGCUGAUCGUGAAAGUUUCAAUGAAUUAGCUGCCUUAAUCGAAGAAAAACGUAAACAAUCUAGUACUAAUCGUCCAUUUGUUAGUCUAAUUUUUAUUACUAAAUUUGAUCAAUAUGCUGUAUUAACAGAUAGUGAUGCAAAAGAAUUUCAAGCUAGAUAUAAUAUUCCUGUAUAUUUAUUUUCUAACGUUUAUUCCAAUAUGCGUUUAGCAACAUCGUAUUUAAAUUUAAUUGCUGAAAAACUUUACAAACGUGAUCUAGAAUUAGCUGGUCAAGUUUUAAGUUGA